AUGCUAUUCGCAACAGCCCUUAUCAGCAUCGCAUCUCUCUGUCUCGCAAAAGAAGUUACUAAGAACCGCAAAAACGAACCAGACGCCAUAGUAGACCAAUUCACAUGGCUUUCCCUCUCCGACGAAACAGGCAUUGACCCGUUGAAGUAUCUGAAAGCCCCUGCUGAGGACGUACCCGAGACACUCGCCUGUACUACUGCAAGACACCCUCGUUUGUCUCAAAAGAUAUUGCCAGCUAACAAAGAACAGAAACCCGGUCCGGACAGGGUCGCAUGCCCUGCUGCCAUUGCGGAAUGGUUCAAACUCGUUGACGAACAACGUCACAUCAACAUUCCCGGAGGUCAAUGCCGUUCCGUUACCGAGGGGACAUGUCGAACGGUUGCGUGCGCCCCGAGAGGAGAUGUUAGUGUUGCACUGGAAGAAAUAAUGGGACACAUGUGGAAUCCUGUGUCUUCGCGAUGUGUAUUUGGUGGGACAGGAGGGAUAUGGCAGAAUGAGGGGUCAACACUGGUAAUUGAGAUGGGACAUGCAAAGAAGAAAUAA